AUGAGUUACCAGCAGCAAAGAGAGGAGCUCGAUCACAGGGCAAGGGAAGUAGAGAUCGUCAUCCCUGGCGGAACCGGCGGCAAGAGCCUCGAAGCUGAAGAACACCUGGCUGAAGGGAGGAGCCGGGGAGGGCAGACGAGGAAGGAACAGAUACGAACGGAAGGGUACCAAGAAAUGGGCCACCAAGGCGGUCUCAGCACCGGUGAUAAGUCCGGCGGGGAACGUGCAGAAGAAGAAGGCGUUCAGAUUGAAAAGAGCAAGUACAGGGCAAGCCAGAGGCAAAAAAGGCGUUCGUCUGUCAAAAAACCAAGACAAAAAGGCACAAGAAUGGCCUCAGAGCAAGUGAAAAACGCCUCCGACGAAGAAAGAGCUGAGCUUGAUGCUAGGGCCAGGCAAGGAGAGGUCGUGGUUCCCGGUGGAACUAGUGGGAAAAGCUUGGAAGCCCAGGAACGACUUGCUGAAGGGAGGCACCCAGGAGGGGAGGCGGGAAAGCAGCAGAUAGGGCGAGAAGGGUACCAGGAAAUGGGGCGCAAAGGAGGUCUCAGCACCACUGAUAAGUCUGAUGGGGAACGUGCUGCAGAAGAAGGCAUGCCCAUCGAUGAAUCCAAGCACAGGAACAACAGUUAAUCCGCUUUUGUUCAGGAAAAAUGUGGUUUUCAUUUUCCCCCAUGAAGGCCGCCUAGCGCUGAUCUUCAUCUAAGAAACUCUUUUGUGAUUAUUGUUGUCCUUUAUCUUGAUUUAGGUUCCAAGUAAAAACUAAACCAGCCGAUCAUGUAAAAAACUGGUCUGGUGUAUCUACGCUAGCCAAGGUUUUGAUUUCCUAGUGUGUUUUCUGGUAGUUGUUUGCUGUUGUGUGCGUUGUUUUGUUUAAUGAAUGUGUGGUUUUAAUAGUAAACGUAC